UGUUUUUUUUUACAGAUUUUUGAAAUUUAUUUUAAUUAUUCAAUCAGGAAAACUUUCAAAAUGGUUCUAAAGUUAUAUUUUAUGCCCGCGAGUCCACCAUCAAGAAACGCGCUGAUGGUAAUAAAUGCGUUGGGACUGGAUCACGAAAUUAAGCCAGUAAAUAUAAUGAAAGGGGAACAGAAGCAACCAGAAUACUUGGCUGUAAACCCGAGGGGUAAAGUUCCAGCUCUGCAAGACGGAGAAUACGUAAUUUCUGAAAGCCGAGCAAUUGCUUGCUACUUGUGCAACAAAUACGAGAAGGCUAGUGAGAACAAACUUUAUCCAACCUGCCCACAAGCGAGAGGCGUUGUCGACCAACUGUUGUACGCAAGCGAGAACAUUAACGAUAUGGUCGUCGGGUACUUGAAUAUUGGAGGAGUUUUAUUCGGUAGUGCGGUUGUUAACGAAGAUAAAGUGACGGAGUUGCACAAAGCACUUGCGUUAACAAACACAUUUUUGGGAUCCAAUAACUACGUGGCCGGUGAACACCUAACGAUUGCAGAUUUCUUCACUGCAUCAUCAUUUAUAUUGGCGGAAGAACUUCAUGAUUUCAAUGACUACACUAACUACCCUGCAGUCAAAGCAUGGAUAAACAAAGUCCGAGCUCUCCCAUACUUCGACAAGACCAACAAGGAAGGAUUGGCUGGUAUUUCUAAGAUGUACAAAGAUAAAUUGGCCGCCAACAAAGCAGCCGCCCAGUAAAGCAGAAGGAUCCGGAUUAAGAACAAUAAAUGUAUAUACGCGUAACUAACAUUUAAAGUUUUAAAUACAACAUACAAGUCUACAU